UUUUUAUUUUUUUUUUGGUAACAAAGAAGGUAACAGGUUAUCGUCCCAAGCUUUUAUGAUAAGGGAUUUAUGUUGGCUACGCUUCCGUUCUGCUAUAAUUUUCCCGGAACCGAAAACUCCAUCAGGCAAACCCUUAAUAAGUUAAUAUCAGGUCAUGCUACUUGCCCCAUCCUGAUAGAAGAAACUGGUGGAGAAGAUGCACAUUUUAUAUGUUCUGAGGAACAAGCAAUAGAGGUGGCAGAUGGUGUUGGUGGCUGGACUGAUCUUGGUGUUGUUGCUGGACAGUACUCACGUGAACUCAUGUCCAAUUCAGUAGAUGCUAUUCAGGAGGAGCCCAAAGGUUCAAUUGACCCAGCUAGGGUGCUAGAAAAAGCACACUCGAGUACAAAAGCUAAGGGUUCCUCUACAGCAUGCAUCAUAGCACUUACUGAUCAGGAAACACCGCAAAAAGGAGCAAAAACGGAGAAACCAAAUUUCCCGCUGGCGCACGACGCGCGGAGGUUGGCGCACGGAGCGCCAAACUGGCGCACAGGGCGCGGUACUUGGCGCACGGGGCGCCAAAUCGACGAUUUGCUUCUGUUUCGGUCGCGCACGAAGCGCAGGAUGUGGCGCACGACGCUCCAACCUGGCGCCCGGAGCGCGGGAGUUGGCGCACGGAGCGCGGGACUGGCGCACGGCACUCCAGAGUUGGCGCCCGGGGCGCCGUUUACAGAUUCAGCUUCUGUUUCUCCCAAGUUUGGGGCGCCAGGCUUGGCGCCCCGUGCGCGGGCGAUAUAUUUUUAAGUGCGAAUCAGCUAAAAUAAGGCCCAAUUGGAGUGCAAAGGGAAAUAGGUUUUCCCAAAACCUAAUAAAAGGAUCAAAAACAUAAGAAAAAGGACUUUUGGGAGAAUCAAGGAGAGAAAAACAACAAAUAGAGCGGAGAUUCCUUGGAGCUUCUCGGAGAUUCAAGGGUUCGAUCGAUCAAGACGGAAGAUCUUCAUCUUCCCUUUCUCUUCUAGGUUUUAAAUGCUACUCUCUUUUAUUAUUAUUUUGUCAGACAUGAACAUGUCUGGCUAGUUUUAUCAUUGUGGUAUGGGUCACAACCCUUGAUGUGAACCCCUUGUACC